CUAAAACAUAAUACAGUGCAAACAAACCAAACCAACCACCCACAGAUAACAGUACAUACAAGCAAGCGUCGUCAGGCAGGCCGGGUCAAUAUCAAUAGGGCAGGUAGGUACAGGGGGAGCAAGCGGAGAUGGGUCGGGGUCACAGGCCAGGUUCAGCAGGUAGCAAGCAGCGUGGUACAGAGGGUCAGGCAGAGGGAUGGUCAGGAGCGAGCCGGGAUCAGAGCAGGAGAAGUCAGCAGCGGUUCAGAUCAGGCAGGGUCAGCAAAGGAACAGAAACAGGAUACAGGACAGAUACAGGGCCCAGGACAAACACAACACCAAGGCAGAGUCUGCAAGUCUGGCCAU